AUGUAAAAAUAUACCUUAAGAUUCAAAGACUCAAAAAUUGAAGAAUAAUAUUUGAUACAUCGAAGCAAUACUCUACAAUUUCCUACAUUAACUUAUGUAACAGGAGGAGGAUCCUUACUUUUAAUAAUAAACUUUUUUGUUUAUUUGAUCUCUGAAAAGUAUUAAAAUGCAUUAAAAAAUGGAAUUGUUUCAUUUUAUCUCUUUCUCCAAUACAUCAUAUUGAGAAAAUAUGUAAAGUUUAGAAAGUACUCCAAUAAUGCUUUAUUAAUUUGUAAUUUAAUCUUUAUAGCCUUCGAAUUUGAAAAUCCAGAUCCUCUCAAAACAUACUAUGAUGGAUAUUUACUUGGUAGUAAUCAAAUGUUGGUUCAUACAAUCUUAAUGUUUGCUAAUGAUCUUAAAUAAGGAAUAUUAGCAAAUUUGACUCAUACUAUCUCUAAAAUACUUAUUGUAUAGCUUUAUGAUAAUAAAAUGAUUGCUUAGCAAUAUGUUUAUACAAUUUUAUUGAGUUUAAGUUAUAUUCUCAUAUAAUAUGAAAUAGAAAAGUAAUAUAGGAAUUCAUUUUUUCUGUCUUUGAAAGAUAGCACUUGGGGUAAGAAAUUACAAAAUUAUUUUUUAGAAAAGAUGAUUCCUCUUUUUUUGAAGAAACCUUAUUUUUUAUUUUCUUUCAACAAAGAAGAAAAUGCAUAUUAAAUAAUCUCAUCUUAUUUAAAAGAAUACUUUGAAUCUGAAACUCCUUUAACUACAUUUUUGUAUCAAUCAAAAGUUUCAAGUAAUGAAUCCUUAUAAGCUUACAUAUAGUAAUUGACUGUUAAAAGUAUAAAACAUAGUGAUAAUUUAUGUCUUUUCAAUUAGUAUCUGAAUGUUGAUUAUCUUAAUAAAAAAGUUUCAAUUUCUAUUAUAGCUUAUUAAUUUGAAAAAGUUAUCUAUGCUAUAAUAAUAGAAUCAGAAGAUCCAAUAAGAAAGGAAUAAAAACUUAAAUACUUACAAUAGAUUCAAAUAUACAAGAAAUUCUUUCAUUAAUAAAUUAUGCCAAUUAAUAAGGUUUUGGCAACAAUGUAAAAGGAAAAUUAUCAUCCUUUAUUAACAAAUUUAAGAAUAUCAUUAAUAGAAAUAUAUUAUUAAUAAAGUUAAGUUUGUGAAUUAAAAAUAGUCACAAUAAAAAAAUUACUAUAAAAAUGUGUGUAAUUAUUUUAGACUUCAAAAAAUGCAAUAAAUAUAGUUUGCAAUGAAGAUAUAAAAUUUGUUACUUUGAAGCAUGCAUUAAUAAUUUUUCUAUUAGAAAUUUUAAAGACAAGCAAUGGAUAAUUUUUAUAACUCAGAAUAAAUUAACUGUAAAAUGCUACGUUAUAAAUAAUUGGUUUGAAUCAUCUUCCUCAAUCAGAGAUAUUCAAAAAAAGUAAAGAAAUGUUAAUUGAAAGAGUCUUGGAAUAGUAGAAUUGUAAAAUUCAUAUAUUAUAAUUAGGUUUUAUCUUUAUCUUUAUGAAAACACCAUAAUCAAGUUUUAGUGAUUAUUUUUACAUUUAAGAUUCCAAUUAUUGA